AUGGAAAAAAUCGAGUACCGCGCUGUGACAAAAUUCUUGCCAAAAGAGGGACUUUCGCCUAAAGAAAUUAAAGCGCGACUGGACAACGUGUACAGGGAAGCCUCUCCGUCGUACACAACGGUAAAAGACUGGGCUAAGCAGUUUCGACUGGGGCGAGAGUCUAUUGAAGAUUAUCCACGCGAUGGUCGUCCAGUGGAGGUGGUGACACAGGAAAAUUUGUCUCUUGUCGAGGAGGAAGUGCUGAGCGACAGGCGUCUGAAGGUGAAGGAAAUCUCAGAAAGGCUGGGGCUUUCCAAAACAACUGUUUUUCGCAUCAUCGGCGAGGGCCUUCACAUGAAAAAGGUGUACCGUACCAAGACCAGCGACAAGGAAGUAAUAAGCAUGGCGUUUCCCGCAGCACAAUAUUGA